CACGAGCGGAGGGGGGAGCGGGAGAGAGGGAGCAAGUUCGUAACGCCCGCGGCUCCAUCGCGGCCCUGAACUCUGCUCCGUCCCAGCGCAACUUGGUUUCUCCUCUCGGCAGCAGCCUCAGCCUGCCAUAGGAAGAUCCUCUUUCUCUCUUUUUGAGAUCACAGAGUAGAUGGACAGUUAAUGCAGCAGAAGCAAAGACGUGAGAAAUGUCUCCUGAUGAGUCCUGGUCGCCAGCUGAAGAUGACAGCCAAGCAUCAAAACUAGCAAGGAAAUCCAGAGAUGCCCCCUUUGUUCCCAUAGGUCUGGCAGGCUGCUUUGCUGUAGUAGGCUAUGGGCUUUACAAGCUGAAACACAGAGGAAGCCAAAAAAUGUCAGUCCACCUCAUCCACAUGAGAGUUGCAGCCCAAAGCUUUGUUGUAGGUGCAAUAACAGUAGGAGUUUUAUAUUCCAUGUAUACAGAUUACAUGAAACGUUCGGGCACCAGUGGACCGAACAAAUGAUCAUCAUCAUCAAAGCAAAGAGGAAGAGCAAAGCAUUUGAUUCAGUAUUAUUUUAUAAAAACUUUUAUGUAUAAGUGUUUUUAGAAUGUAUUCCAAGUAUGCCGCCAGGAUUCCCACUGCCACCCUCCCCAUUUAUUAA